AAAAAAAGACAAUCACUAAAAGGCCAGCAAUUCACCGCCCCACAACAGCCUUCCGUCCGCGUCACUCGGCGAGACACCGACUCCGGCCACGUUCGGCAGACCCUGCCGCCGUCUCCGCCGUCGUAAACUCCACGAUAUCCUCUCUCCACCCCUCGAACUUCCACUCUACAUCGUGAUCUAUUCACGAUCAAUUUGGGGCUGAAUUUGUAUUCUCUCCAACCAUGGCAGGCAUGGAAGGAGUUAUGGUAGCAAAUCAAGCUCAGCCGCCGCAACAACAACAACAACAACAACAGCAGCAGCAGCAGCAGCAAGCAAUCGCCGUGGAGAGGCUAAACGACGCCGUACAGCAACAGCUCAACUUGGAAUCGGUAAAGACUCGAGCUUUGAGCCUCCACAAAGCCAUCUCUCGCACUCUCGAAGAUUUGGACGUCUUCGCUCGCACCAACACCACCCCCAAAUGGCAAGAUAUUUUGGGGCAGUAUUCAAUGGUGAAUAUGGAGCUUUUCAACAUUGUUGACGAAAUUCGGAAGGUUUCCAAGGCCUUUGUGGUUCAUCCCAAGAAUGUCAAUGCCGAAAACUCAACAAUACUCCCGGUUAUGCUUUCGUCGAAGCUGUUGCCGGAGAUGGAAACUGAUGAUAACUCCAAGAAGGAGCUGUUGCUUCUUGGGAUGCAGAACUUACCAGUAGCCUUGCAGAUCGAGAAGUUGAAGGCGCGGAUUGAUAUGAUUGGAGCAGCAUGCGAGAGUGCUGAUAAAGUAUUAGCCGACACUCGUAAAGCCUAUGGUUUUGGAGCUCGACAAGGACCGCCUAUGGUUCCUACUCUCGACAAAGGUCAAGCUGCAAAAAUUCAAGAGCAAGAAAAUCUACUCCGUGCUGCUGUAAAUUAUGGUGAAGGACUACGUUUGCCUGUAGACCAGAGGCAGGUAACGCCUGCACUUCCAAUGCAUCUUGUAGAUGUGCUUACUACAAAUGAUGGAAUGCAAAAUUUCUCUGAAGCAUCUGGCAUGUAUCUUAAGAAUAACCCAAUGGCAUCAAAUAACUUGACUGGUCAAGGCCCUUUGUUACAGGCUACUGGAUCGCAACUUCUUGGAAGAUCAGCCGCAUCUCCUGGGGCUGCCAGUACUACUACUUUUGAUAACACAACAACUUCUCCCCUUCCAUAUGCGAAUUCACCAAGGUCUAGCGCAACCAUGAUGAACACACCAUCUCCGCAGCAACAAAACCAGCAACAACAGCAGCAGCAGCAGCAACAGCAGCAACAGCAGCAGCAACAGAAAUUGAUGCAAUUACCUCAGCAUCAGCAGCAACUUCUUGCUCAACAACAGUUUAGGCAAUCUGCAAUGCAAGGACUAGGACAGAAUCAGUUACCCCAACUUCAUGAUUUACAAGGCCAGUCCCAGCAAAAGUUUCAAUCGUUACAUGGGCAACAUCAGAUGCAAUUUUCUCAGCCAAUGGGGCACCAGCAAUUUCAGAGUAGGCAGCUGCCAUCAGGACAUGUCCAACAUGGAAUUGGUCAAAGUCAACUUAAUCAAGGAAAUCAAUUAAACCGUCAUUUGAGCCAGUUUUCUAGUGCUGCUAAUAGUGCAUUGUUUAAUGCUGCUCAGACGACAACAAAUCCUCAAAUGAUUCCAAAUAUGUCAGCUACAAUGUCAUCGCCAUCACUUCUUCCACGGAUAUCUCAGUUUGGAUUACCUGGAAACAAUCCUCAGAGAACUCAUGCUUCCCAGAUUUUGAGUGAUCAAAUGUUUAACAUGGGAGGAAAUCCCGGAGCCAUGAUGCCUAUGCAGCAGCAGCAGCAGCAUGGCACACAAGGUGCAUUUGGCAACAUGGCCCCAAAUGCUCAGAGUCUUCAGUCCAGCAUGGCCACUCUCCAGAGCAAUCCACAGAGUCAUCCCAAUUUUGCACAACAGAGACAGCAAAAUCAACAAUAAUGAUUCUCUUUCAUUGCGGCGCUCUCUAACAGAGUUUUGGAAAUCGAAGGGGUUGUUCAUUUGUAUUUUUGAGUUAGGUGACUUGAGUGAUGAUUUUGAAUUGAGUUUGA